UCAGCUCUCCAUUUCAGUCCGGUCUGUUGUGUUUUGCGGGCCGCCGUCCACUCUGACCUCUUAAGACUCUUUGAGAAGAAAUGGAAACACCUUGACGUAACUCCCGACACAAACGGCUCUAUACCCUGUAUUUGAACCCAGAAGAAUUAUUCAUACACUUGUCGAUCGUCUCUCUGUCGAAAAGAGCAAAAACGGUAGAGAGACUUCAUGUCCCAGAAAUCCCUGUGAACGUCAGCACUUCCUCUUAAGUGUGUUCCCUUUCCCAUUCUCUCUCUCUGGUUGGUUGGAUGAGUCCCAAACAGCGACACAACUGAGUGGGUGUUGAGCCAGACCGGGUAGCCAACGGGAAGCUAGGCUAGCCAUCAUGGCCGAUGUGGACCCAGACACUCUGCUGGAGUGGCUGCAGAUGGGUCAGGGUGAUGAGCGUGACAUGCAACUCAUUGCUCUGGAACAACUCUGCAUGCUACUGCUCAUGUCGGAUAACGUCGACCGCUGCUUUGAGACAUGUCCUCCUCGGACAUUCCUUCCAGCGCUCUGUAAGAUCUUCUUGGAUGAGAGUGCUCCAGAUAACGUGCUGGAGGUUACAGCCCGAGCAAUAACCUACUACCUGGACGUGUCGGCAGAAUGUACCCGCAGGAUUGUGGGGGUGGAUGGGGCCAUCAAAGCGCUGUGUAAUCGACUGGUGGUAGUGGAGUUGAACAACAGGACCAGCAGAGACCUGGCUGAGCAGUGUGUCAAGGUAGGAGACAACUGACUAUAAGAGAGAGGC